ACCAUGAAGUCAGAAUGGUGCCUACUAUCGUACAUCGGCCUCAUAAUGGCGACGGAACAUCAUGAUUUCGCAGCAAACCAAAUAGUGUCGUUUCGAGAUAAUCAUUCUCAUCCCGUUGGAAUAUUGACGACUUCAGCCGGUAAAAUGGUCAAUUAUGAAGAAGCAGAAUCAACUUUAAACAAACGCCUGAUUUUGAAUGAAUUCUUCAUGGACACUUACACAAAAUUUAACAGAGAAAGGAUACCUACCAGGGUAGUUCAUGCCAAGGGAGCAGGAGCCUUCGGUUACUUUGAAGUGACACACGAUCUAAAUGAUAUUUGUAAAGCAAAAGUUUUUAACAAGGUUGGAAAGCAAACCCCGGUCGCGGUUAGGUUCUCUCCAAUACUUCAAGAACGUGGUGGCAUAGACACUUCAAGAGAUCCGAGAGGAUUUGCUAUAAAAUUCUACACAGAAGAUGGUAACUUCGAUAUAGUCGGCUUAAAUAUGCCUGUUUUUAUAGUACAAGAUCCUCUAUUUUUCCCUGCGUUUGUUCAUUCUAGGAAAAAGAAUCCACAAACAAACCUAAAUGACUCAAACAUGUUUUGGGAUUUUGUAGUGCGUCGUCCUAAAUCUAUAUAUAACACUUUAUAUACAUUUAGUGACGUCGGCAUAUCUGAUGGCUACAGACAUAUGCCUGGGUUUAGUAUUCAUACAUAUCAAGUAGUGAACAGUAAAGGGGCAAAAUUCUUUGUCAGAUUUACUUUUACACCUGACGAAGGAGUGAAGAGUUUAGAUUCACAGACAGCGCAAACAUUAGCAGCUGUUGAUCCAGACUACGCCACUCGAGAUUUGUUUAAUGCUAUAAGUGCAGGGAACUUCCCUAGUUGGACUGCUUACGUACAAGUCUUAAGUCUCUAUGAUAUCCAAAGUGCUGAUUUUGAUGUAUUUGACGUAACUAAAAAUUUACCAGUAGAGAAAUAUCCUUUAAGGCCUUUAGGGCGACUUGUAUUGAAUCAGAAUCAAGUGAAUUAUUUCGCUGAAAUUGAGCAGCUAGCUUUCUGUCCUGAUAACCUAGUACCUGGGAUUCUUGGUGCGCCUGACAAGUUAUUCGAAGCGCGUCGCUUUGGAUAUAGAGAUGCUCAGAACUAUCGUUUAGGAAGAAAUUACGAUAAUAUUAUUGUUAAUAAACCUAUCGUAGAAACCUGGACCUAUACUCGAGAUGGAAGAGCUCCUGUUAAAUAUAAUCAGUGGAACGUGCCAAAUUACUAUCCUAACUCGUAUAAUGGUCCUGUGCCAUUCAAAGAAGACCAUAAUGUUGAGGUAAUUGAAAUAUUUGAAGGACCAGGAGACGAUUUUUGUCAACCACGUGAAUAUUAUUUGUACGCACUGACGUCAGCUGAAAGAACUAGACUUAUAAAUAAUAUUGUAGCCAGCUUAGUAACUGUAACGGAUCCAAUUCUAAAAGAGCGAAGUAUAGAUAUUCUGAAAGCAGUGAAUUUAGAUUUGGGUGUUAGAGUUUUUGAGGGUUUAGUGGCGAACCAAACUAAAUAUUACGAAUAUUAGUUGAAUUUGAAGAAUAUUAUAUCUCAUUGCUUUUCUUAUUGUAUCAGGCACCAAUAGCUUAAGAGCAACUAGUUCGUAUGACAGAGGAGGCGAUAUAAAAUU